AUGGCAGAGCACAUGUCGGACUGCGAUGCGAUGACUGAAAUGGUCAGUUCUCCGUGGCUCCGACUCUCGCUCACUGUCAACCUCGCCAUCACGAUCGUCUCGUUCCCGGUGCUCCUGGGAGCCCUUUACUACAUUAACACGCAGCGGCUGUUCCAUCGGAAUACGAGAAUUCAGGUGCAAGUGCACAUAUUCGGAUUGCUCAUUCAUUCGACUGGGAGGUAAGAGGACUGUGAUUACAAGAUGAGUCAAGUCUCACACUUUGUCUGUAAACGGAAGUGAGCGGAGAAGUUCUUGAAAUAGUGUUAAUCCUAUCAACAAGAUGUUUGAUGUUUUCUUUUCAUUUCAGAAGCGCCCUCCAUUUGCUCGACCUCAUUAACUACCUGAGCAACACUGGCUGCGACGCACUCCCCAACUUCUACCGAUGUCUGAUCACACGUGGCAUCUACAACUUUGGCCUCGCACUGGCCGCAAUGUGCUCCGCGAGCCUCGUCAUCGAACGCUUCUUCGCGCUCCUCUACAGUUCGACGUACGAAAUGUGCUCGAAAACGUUCGGAGUGCUCCUCGGGUUCGUUCAGCUCGUCCUCGCAUUCGCCUUCCUCUUCAAACUCUAUCUCAACGCGCCCUUCUCGCCCGACCCCGAUCACGUGCUUUAUUAUUGCCAGACACUGGCUUCCGGCUACGGCUCCGUCUGGACAAUCAACGCUCCGCUCUACGCCGUUGUGCUCGGCCAAUGCGUGUGCCGGUUCGUCUUCUGGUAUCUGGAAGUUGAGACGAAAGUGAGAAUUAGUGAAUGAAUAAGAGAGGGUCGAAACGGAACUUAUUCAGAAGACGAGAAGCACACAAAAGUUCCACACUCUAAGCACGCGGUAUACUCUCGAGCAGGGAAUUCGGUCGAUCCAGGCGCUGAACAUGUUCAUCAACGUCAAUUUCAUCGUGUUCACGGUGCUCUCCUUCAUCGAAACGAUUCUCCACUUCAACAUUUCGCGAAUGCAACGGCCCACUUACUUUGCCCUCGUGGAAGUGAUACAUUUUCUGCCAACAUACGGAAUCAUUCUUUCAAUGUACAUUUAUUAUUCACUGAAAAAGGUGAGCCUCUUUCGAACAGGGAUAUAAUCCUACGGAUGCGUAUUCGAUUCAGUUGGACAAAAAGAUGAAGACAUCAUUGGCUCAAAGCAUCCACGUGGACCCCAAUGUCUAUCAUAUCGAGUUCAGGCGACAAAUCGGAUGA